AUGCCACGAAGGAACUCUACAACCAGCCCAGAUGACGUGGAAGCGGCCGUAUACAGGAAACACCGAAAAUGCACCGAUGUUGCUGCUCUAGUCAUUAUGGCGCUUUAUAUGAUUGGUUUGUUUAGUCUAGUUUUCCUGUGUCUAGCUAAAUCCGAUCCUUUCCGGAUCAUUAACGGGUACGACGACUGUGGAAAUGUAUGCGGACGGAGUAACAACCCAAUCAACGGCCUUGCUUGUUCGGGCCAAAAUAUGCUUGCAUACAAAUACUUACUACUGGAACGGGUUCCAAAUUCGACAGAAACUACCAAAAGUUGUGUAGAAAAGUGUCCAACCAACUAUGGAUACAAACUAAACUACAACCGGUGCGUUCGCUUCCAACAGGAACGUCCCGUUUCAGAUCAGGUGACACAGAACGUAUUUGACGAAAUCUGGCAGGAUGUUUACAAUUGUGGGGUGGAGUUGUUUUGUUACUUCCUAGUUGACGGUCAGCACAUGGUCACUGCGGGAGCAAUUUCCUCAUGGUAUUUCACCCGGAAAAAAUCUGGAUUGGGUAAUGCAGAAGGUAGAAGUUUCCUGAAACUGCUCAAAUAUCAUUUGGGUAGUGUGGCAUUGGGAUCCUUGAUGUUCAGCGUGACGCUCCCCAUCCGGUUUAUCAUAAAAUCAUUCGAGUUGAUUUUGAAUCAAAUAAGCAAUGGCCUCGCCGCCUAUUGCUCAAACUUCUCCAUUGGUUGCCGAAUUUAUUAUGGUUGGUGUUUGGAACUGAUUCAAAGAAUUGCGUACGUUGUAGUAGCUUUGCAAGGCCUGCCGUUUUUCAAAGCCGGUAAGAGUGCCGUAAUGAUAAUGAUGGCUAGUGCGACGAACUUUGUUGUCGUUCAUUCCGUGGCCAACAUUAUUUUCCUAUUGCUAAAACUGUUUAUAGUAGGAUUAGUUGGAUCAAUUGGAGUGGAAAUUCUACAGAAAAAGUGUGACCUAUAUCAUCCUUACUUUUUGGCUGGAAUUUUCGGUGUUGCAGUUGUUACGAUUACACAUUGCUUUAUAUCGGUGUACGAGAUGACGAAUACCACUGUUUUACUGUGUUUCUGCAAAGAUAUUAGGGAAAAUAACGGCACCGAUCGGCCAUAUUACAUGUCCCGUAAUUUGAGAAAAUUUCUACCAAAUGAACAUAACGAAACAUACCGGGCUCGUACCAUUAGAUGA